CAUGUCAAAAAUGAUUUGGCCAUGGGUUACCUCCAUCUCUUCCCUUCUCUUCAUAAUUCUAUUCUCAUAUCUAACCAUUCGCUUCUUCCGCAAAACCUCUGCACUUCACAUACUCAACCAAUGGUUCCUCUCACUUGAAAACCGUCUCCACCUUCAUCAAUCCUUCAAAAUCCCACUCUACAAUCACCAUUUCCAAGAAAACCAACUGUACCACAAAAUCCUCACCUACCUCGACUCUCUCCCCUCCGUCCAAGACUCCGAUUUCACCAACCUCUUCUCCGGCCCCAAUCCCUCCGAUAUCUUCCUCCAUCUCGACCCUAACCACACCGUCCACGACACCUUCCUCGGCGCCAAGCUCUCAUGGACCAACGACGCCACCGCCGCCACCCUCCUCCUCAAAAUCAAGAAGAAAGACAAGCGAAGGAUUUUCCGCCAAUACUUCCAGCACAUUCUCUCCGUCGCCGACGAGAUCGAACAGCGCCGGAAGAAGGACAUCAAGCUGCACGUCAAUUCCGGCGCCGGCGAGACCUCGCGGUGGCGAUCGGUUCCGUUCACGCAUCCGGCGAGCUUCGAGACGGUGGCGAUGGAGGCAGAGUUGAAGAACAAGGUGAAAUCCGAUCUGGACCAGUUCCUCAAGUCGAAGCAGUACUACAACCGGUUAGGGCGCGUUUGGAAGCGGAGUUACCUCCUCUACGGCUCGUCCGGCACGGGGAAAUCAAGCUUCGUGGCGGCCAUGGCGAAAUUCCUCUGCUACGACGUCUACGACGUCGACGUUUCGAAGCUCACGGACGGCUCCGAUUGGAAGACGAUGCUGAUGCAAACGACGGCGAAGUCGAUGAUCGUGAUCGAGGAUCUCGAUCGCUUGCUGGCGGGGAAAUCAACGGCGGUGAAUUUAUCGAGCGUGUUGAACUUCAUGGACGGUAUCGUGUCGUGCUGCGGCGAAGAGCGCGUGAUGGUGUUCACGAUGAACGGUACUAAGGACGACAUUGAUCAAGCGGUUUUGAGGCCAGGGAGGGUUGAUGUUCACAUACACUUUCCCUUGUGUGAUUUCUCCACCUUCAAGAUUCUCGCGAGUAGUUACUUAGGGUUGAAGGAGCACAAGCUUUUCCCUCAGGUCGAAGAGGUUUUUCAGACCGGCGCGCGGCUCAGCCCAGCCGAAGUUGGCGAGAUCAUGAUAUCCAACCGCAAUUCGCCGAGCCGGGCCUUGAAAACCGUUAUUUCGGCUUUGCAGGUUCAAUCCAACGGUGGAGAUGCGAGGAGAGGGGGACAGAAGUUGAGCGAAAGCGGGUCGGGUCGGAGCAGUGAUGAUAACGAAUCGGGUGCUGUAAUAUGUAGGGAGAGUGUUCACACGGUGAGGGAGUUCCGCAAGUUGUAUGGGCUUUUGCGUUUGGGAAGUAGGAGGAAGGAAGAGUCCGAAAAUUCUGGGCCCAUAGAGAAAGAAGCUCCACGUAUUGAGGGUCGGGUCUGAUAAAACGGACCCAUUUUUUUUUUAAUGUAAAGUUGUUUGCCAAGUUGUCACUAACAAUUAUAUUGCAGUUUUUUUGUAUUUUUUUUUUUACAGUCAGCAAUUAUUAUAUUGUUGUAUCUACACAGAAAAAUAAUGGUAGGGCGGUAAGGCCGAAUGAACUACAUUCACAUUCUUGUUAGAAUACACAUUAAAAUGC